GCCACGGGAAGCUUCCGACUAGACGACGGGCUCAAGCGUGUUUCUUCGCGUGUUUCUCUCUCUCUCUCUCUCUCUGAAAGCUUCAGAGGGUGUAUUGCAAUUUACAGAGAGGGAGAGAGGUACAACUUGUUCAACUCUGGUUGGCGGGAAUUCGAAAUUCUAGAGAGAGAGAUGGGGGUGUCAGAGAAUACGAAGGGGCUGAUACUAGCGAUGGCGUCGAGCGCCUUCAUAGGCGCGAGCUUCAUCUUGAAGAAGAAGGGUCUCAAGCGCGCUGGAGCUGCCGGUACUCGAGCAGGAGUUGGUGGUUAUACUUACUUACUAGAGCCACUUUGGUGGGCGGGCAUGAUCACCAUGAUUGGUGGAGAGGUUGCCAAUUUUGUGGCUUAUGUAUAUGCUCCAGCAGUUCUUGUAACCCCACUUGGUGCACUGAGUAUAAUAGUCAGUGCUGUUUUGGCUCACUUCUUGUUGAAGGAACGAAUACAGAAAAUGGGUAUUGUGGGAUGUGUUACCUGCAUCGUGGGAUCAGUGGUAAUUGUGAUCCAUGCACCUCAAGAGCAUAUUCUAAAUUCUGUACAGGAAAUCUGGGUUCUGGCGACCCAACCAGCUUUUCUGGUUUACGUUGCUGCUGCACUUUCCCUAGUGUUAACUUUGGUUUUGCAUUUUGAACCUCACUAUGGGCAAACAAAUAUACUAGUCUACUUGGGAAUCUGUUCCUUGAUGGGUUCACUUACGGUUGUAAGCAUAAAGGCCAUUGGAAUUGCAAUAAAGCUAACUCUUGAGGGAGUAAGUCAGAUAGCCUAUCCUCAGACUUGGUUUUUUCUGACUGUUGCAGUAAUCUGCGUAGUUACACAGUUGAAUUACCUCAACAAGGCUUUGGAUACAUUCAAUGCAGCAAUUGUUGCCCCAGUAUAUUAUGUGAUGUUCACAACUCUGACCAUUAUUGCUAGUGUAAUAAUGUUCAAGGAUUGGUCUGGUCAGGAUGUAAGCAGCAUAGCCUCUGAAAUAUGUGGAUUCAUCACUGUUCUGUCAGGAACUAUCAUUCUCCAUGCAACCAAAAAUGAGGAAACAUCUACACAAGCAGGAACUGUAACAUGGUACAUUAGAGAUUCAAUGAAGGGCUCUGAAGAUGAACGUUUGCUCACCUUACACAAUUCAGAUUAUCCUGAACCGUAACCCUGCAACAAUCAUCUUGGAGAAUGAAAUCCCCAGCAAUGAAGCUGCACUGCAACAAUCAUUUUGAGUAGGGGUGAGUCUUUGGGCAUCUAGCACAUUGCUCAUUACACCUUCCAAAUACCCGUUUACUCCUAUUCAUUUAAAAGAAAUUGGCCUCCCUUCCCCUCCCCCAGUUGGACAUUUCCAUGGCCUAAGACCAGCCAUAGCUAGUCUUUUUUUUAUAUAUAAAUUCUUUCUUCUUUUUGGAUAUGAAAUGAUUUGGGAUAUAAUGAAAAAGUAAAUGAAUUUUUUUAGGGACAGGUUGCAGCAAUGUGUUGGGUGCCAUUAGCUUCCCUUUGAGUAGUGUUUGUAGUGUUGGGUGCUCCCGGUUUCUUCUAGACAGACCUUAGGGCUUUUAGCAGAUUGCAAAAGUUACUUUUUAUGUGCCUUUCUUCACCAGCCAGCAGAUGCGACCCUCAACCGGAUGCUCAAAUUAAAUUGAAGUGCGAGGUGUGGCACCACUCUCAAUGCUAAGUUCUGAAUCACCCUCAGCUCGGGAAUGGUGCUGCAGUUCUGUAUCAAUACCAGUGCAUAGAGAUCUUUGUUGUGAUAUUGGCAACGCUCAGUCUCUCCAUGGCUGCUGAUGGCAUCUGUACAUAUCGAUGCUCGGCUUCUCAUUCACUAGUUUUCGUGCAUGAUUCUUGUUGAUAUCUGAUUCAGUUUGAUUCUUUCCUUUUCUUUCUAGUUUGUAUAUAUUUUUUCUUAUAGAUGUCUUUCUACUUUGUAUUAGUCCUUUUUUCCUUGGUUAAGAAAAUCUUCAGUUCAUAUUGGGAUUGAUAGAUCAUAGAACACACAGCUGAGAGGUAUAUUUGCCAAUUAAUGGGCAAAUACUCCUUGGGAAUUGUAUAUCUUGUAUUUAACUCUUGAGUUUUUGCUUUUGCUGUCAAUGAAUUCGGUUGGUAUAAUGGCAAAUAAACUGUACACUUUAUUACA